GAACAAACCGUCCAUAACAUGACUAUGCAGACUGCAGGCAGUACGACUCUGCAUACAUCAGAAUAGCCGAACACUGCCAGUAACAAACCAUUGUCUUCAAGAUGUCGUCCCCAUGGCAACAAGGAGUUACAGCAAUGAUGCCAUACCUCCCCCUCCACUGGAUGGAGAGGUCCAAUAUCCAGAGAAAAUCACCAGCAUCGUUGGACAGAUAUCAAGCCUUACAAUAGCUGAAGUAGCGGACCUCAAUAAGUUAUUGAAGCAAACGUUAGGAAUCCAGGAAGCGCCAGUCAUGGCCAUGGGAACAGUGGCACCUGCAGCAGCCCAAGAGCUCGAUGAUGAUGAGGAAGUGACUGCUGCUCCAAAGGAGAAAACCCAAUUCACAGUCAAACUAACCAAGUUUGAUGAAACUAGCAAGGUUAAACUCAUCAAGCAGAUUAAAGCGCUAAACACCGGCAUGAAUCUUGUACAGGCCAAGAAGUUUGUGGAGUCUGCACCUCAGACUGUGAAGGCAGACGUCAGCAAGACAGAAGCAGAGGACAUUAAGAAGCAGAUAGAGGAGGCAGGAGGAAGCUGUGAAAUUGAAUAGACAUCCUUGAACGA